AUGGAGACAAGGGGUUUGGUCACUGCUGUCAGCCUGGCUCUGAGCAUCUGCUCCCUGGUUCUGCUGGUCACUGCUAUAUUCACUGACCAUUGGUAUGAAACGGACACCCGCAAGCACAAGGAGAUUUGUGAGAGCCAGGGCAAUUCAGACCCUACAGACCAGAAAAACAGACUUAUGCCCCUGUAUCAACUGCCUUUCAGAGGGGACCCUACCAACACCCGCAGGAUGGGUCUGCUUUCUCCUGCCCCGGCUGGUGGGGUUAGGGAGCCCGAGGAUCUCCUGGAGAACUGGAGGUCCCUGCUGGGGCUGGGCGUGCUGGAGUCAGACUGUGGGCGCCCACUCUUCUCCACUUACUCCGGACUAUGGAGGAAAUGCUACAUUAUGGGCAUAGACAAGGACAUUGACAACCUCAUCCUGAAAGGAAUUGCUCAGAAAUGCACAGCAAUCAAGUAUCACUUCUCGCAGCCUAUUCGGCUACGGAAUAUUCCAUUCAAUUUGACCAGGGCAAUUCAGCAAGAUGAAUGGCAUCUUUUACAUUUAAGAAGAAUUACAGCAGGAUUCUUAGGCAUGGCAGCUGCUGUGCUCCUGUGUGGAUGCAUAGUAGCAGCAGUAAGCUUCUUUUGGGAAGAGAGCCUUACACAACACGUAGCUGGACUCCUUUUCCUCAUGACAGGAAUAUUUUGUACCAUUUCUUUGUGUACUUAUGCAGCAAGUGUCUCUUAUGAUCUACAUCGCCUGCCAAAAUUCAUUUACGGGCUUCCAAGUGACGUUGAGCAUGGAUACAGCUGGUCUUUGUUUUGUGCCUGGUGCAGUCUGGGCAUGAUAGUGGCAGCUGGAUGCCUUUGUACUGCCUACCCAUUUAUCAGUAGAACGAAGAUUUUGCUCCUGAAGUCUGCCAGAGACACUUGCGUAUGACUGGGCACUGUGUGUUAGUGACUUUGUUUUCCAUGACAAAACAUUGUGUGCACUACAAAACUGAUCCCUAGUGCUCAAUACAUAUUUGAGAGUGAUCUUUAAUGUUUAAAGCACAAAUAUUGUAAGCUUAAACAAAAGAUUUGACAUAAAACCCAUAGCUUUCCAACAAGGAAAAAGAACUUAAAAAUUGUUAUGGUGACCUAUCGUACCACUAUUGGACAUUUUCCUGUGCUCAUCUGGUCUGUGUGAAUUGUUCAACGGAGAAAUCAUUGGAAUCGUAAAUAUUUUGGAAAAUAUAUGGAGAUAAAAACAAAUCGACAAUGGGAAAAAAAAAAUAAUAUCUCCUCAUA